AUGCUUAUAGGUGGUGCACAAAAUCGUUUGUAUCAGCUCAGAACAUCCAAUAUACUGGGUCUUUUAAGGACUAGAAGUGCCCUACGAGUCGGAAGUAAAGUUGAACUUAGAUGUCCUUACAACAACUGGACGAACCUGGGUAGGAGCCAUUUCUCUAGCACCAGUAUACCUCCCACAUUUAAAAGCAAGACAUUUGGUAGAGAAAAGGGAUUAUUAGCUCAUAAUAUAAAUGUGAAACGAUUAUCUUCUACUGUAAGCAAAUCGAAGUUACCAAACGAGGAUACUGCUCAUAAUGCUUCUGAAAAGAAUAGUAAAAAGACUGACACUAAAGCUGUGAACAUUUCUGAAUUGAAGAUAUUGAAGGACUUGUUCAAAUAUAUAUGGCCAAGAGGCAACACUAAGGUGAAAGUGCGUGUGCUAUUGGCGUUGGCUUUGCUAAUUGGAGCUAAAGUAUUGAAUGUACAGGUACCAUUUUUCUUCAAACAGAUUAUAGAUGGAAUGAACGUGGAUUGGUCAGAUGCAACUGUUGCUUUACCAGCGGCUCUAGGACUUACAAUUAUGUGCUAUGGUUUGGCAAGAUUUGGAGCAGUUCUUUUCGGUGAGUUGCGUAAUGCAAUCUUUGCUAGAGUGGCACAGAAUGCUAUAAGGAAUGUAUCUUUACAAACUUUUGAACAUUUGAUGAAACUUGACUUAGGCUGGCAUUUGAGUAGGCAAACGGGUGGUUUAACUCGUGCCAUGGAUAGAGGUACUAAAGGUAUUUCUUAUGUUCUGAGUGCUAUGGUUUUCCACAUCAUUCCAAUUACCUUUGAAAUAUCAGUUGUAUGUGGUAUUCUGACCUAUCAAUUCGGUGCUUCAUUUGCAGGAAUCACCUUUACGACUAUGUUAUUGUAUUCAAUUUUCACUAUCAGAACCACGGCCUGGAGGACGAGAUUUAGAAAAGAGGCUAAUAAAGCUGAUAACAAAGGUGCUAGUGUAGCUCUUGAUUCCUUAAUCAAUUUUGAAGCUGUAAAAUACUUUAACAACGAAAGUUAUUUGGCAAACAAGUAUCACAACUCUUUGAUAAAGUACAGAGACUCACAGGUUAAAGUUGCACAAUCACUAGCAUUUUUAAAUUCAGGACAAAGCUUAAUUUUCACAACAGCCCUAACCGGAAUGAUGUAUAUGGGUUGUACAGGUGUCAUAGGAGGUGACUUAACCGUUGGUGAUUUAGUCCUGAUUAAUCAAUUAGUUUUCCAAUUAUCUGUACCUCUGAACUUCUUGGGUAGUGUAUACAGAGAGUUGAAACAAUCAUUGAUAGAUAUGGAAUCCCUAUUUAAGUUGAGGAAGAAUCAAGUUAAAAUUCAGAACUGCUCUCAACCAAAAAGUAUAAGCAAGAGUGAUGGCCCUUUUGAGAUUAAAUUUGAAAAUGUGACUUUUGGCUACGAUGGUCAAAGAAAAAUUUUAAAGAAUGCCUCUUUCACAAUACCAGCUGGUAUGAAGACUGCCAUUGCUGGCCCAUCUGGUAGCGGUAAAUCGACCGUCUUAAAAUUGGUAUUUAGGUUCUACGACCCCGAGGAAGGGCGUGUUUUGGUCAACGGUGUUGAUGUCAGAGAAUAUGAUAUAGAUCAACUGAGAAAAGCCAUUGGUGUGGUUCCCCAAGAUACACCUUUGUUCAAUGAUACCAUCUGGGAGAAUGUUAAAUUUGGCCGUAUUGAAGCUUCCGAUGAAGAGAUUACCAGGGUUAUAGAUAAGGCUCAACUAUCUGAUCUAAUUGCGAAAUUACCACAGGGCUCAAGCACCAUUGUCGGUGAGCGUGGUUUAAUGAUCAGCGGUGGGGAGAAGCAAAGACUUGCGAUUGCUCGUGUAUUAUUGAAGGAUGCUGAUAUAAUGUUUUUCGAUGAGGCAACAAGUGCACUAGAUACUCACACAGAACAAUCAUUAUUAAGAACUAUCAGAAGAAACUUCAACAGUGGCGAGAAGACUAGUGUUUAUAUAGCACAUAGACUACGGACCAUCGCUGAUGCUGAUAAGAUUAUUGUGCUAGAAGAAGGCACAGUACGUGAAGAAGGUACCCACCAAGAACUGCUUGCCAGAGAAAACUCUCUAUACAAAGAGCUCUGGCGUAUCCAAGAAGACCUAGAUCUCCUGGAAGAUGAAAUCAAUCAUGAAAAGGAAACACUAGAAAAGCUAAACAAGUCUAUCUAA